AUGUCGUUCCAUUGCCGCAGAGGAAAGGCUUACCUCUUCAAUCGCUCAGUGAACAUAAGUAUGGGUCCUUUAGAGGAAAGGCUGAUGCUUUCGGGUAUGCACACCGUUGCUGAUAUUUUCUGCUGCUUCUGUGGACAAAACGUUGGCUGGAAAUACGAAUCAGCGCAUGAGAAAGCUCAGAAGUAUAAAGAAGGCAAAUUUGUUCUGGAAAGAGGAAGGAUCGUUGAUGAGAUAGAUUUGUCAACAGAGGUUUACAUCGAUACUCGAAGCGACACGGAUGAUUCUUAA